AUGAAGCUUACUAAUGCCUUAUCGUUUCUUCCCUCUCUUCUUCUUAUCCUCCUCCACAUGGGUUCGAAAUCCAUGGCUUCUAAAAAUUCUUCUUCAUAUGUGGUCUACUUUGGAAGUCACUCCCAUGUCGGAGAGAUAACAGAAGAUGCCAUGGAUCGAGUCAGAGAAACCCAUUACGACUUUCUUGGUUCCUUCGUUGGAAGCCGUGAGAUUGCCACAGGCGCCAUAUUUUACUCAUACACAAAGCAUAUCAAUGGCUUUGCUGCUCUUCUCGAUCACAACCUCGCAUUUGCAAUCUCCAAACACCCCGAAGUGGUGUCUGUAUUCCCAAACAAAGCCUUGAAGCUUCACACGACUCGAUCAUGGGACUUCUUGGGUUUGGAACACAACUCUUUCGUUCCCUCUUCUUCCAUUUGGAGAAAGGCAAGAUUCGGAGAAGAUUCUAUCAUUGCAAAUCUCGAUACGGGUGUAUGGCCAGAAUCAAAGAGCUUUAGUGAUGAAGGCUUGGGACCAAUUCCUUCAAGAUGGAAGGGAAUUUGUCAAAACCAAAAAGAUGCCACUUUUCAUUGCAACAGGAAGUUGAUCGGAGCAAGGUACUUCUACAAAGGCUACGCAGCCGCCGUGGGAACACUCAACUCUUCCUUCGACUCUCCACGUGAUAUCGACGGCCAUGGAUCCCACACUCUCUCAACCGCCGGUGGCGCUUUUGUCCGGGGCGCUAGCGUCUUCGGCCAAGGCAACGGCACGGCCAAAGGUGGCUCCCCACGCGCUAGAGUCGCCGCCUACAAAGUCUGUUGGCCGCCAGUCAAAGGCAACGAGUGCUACGACGCCGACGUACUCGCAGCUUUCGACGCCGCCAUACACGACGGUGCUGACGUCAUCUCUGUCUCGCUUGGCGGCGAGCCUUCCUCGUUUUUUAACGACAGCGUAGCAAUCGGGUCGUUCCACGCUGCUAAGAAGCGGAUCGUUGUAGUCUGCUCCGCCGGAAACUCUGGACCGGCGGAUAGUACGGUUACAAACGUUGCACCGUGGCAGAUCACCGUCGGAGCUAGCACCAUGGACCGUGAGUUUGCUAGUAAUCUAAUCCUCGGUAACGGAAAACACUACAAGGGACAAAGCUUGGCAUCAUCAUCUUUGCCACAUGCUAAGUUCUACCCAAUAAUUGCUGCUUUUCAAGCAAAAGCUAAUAACGUUUCAGCUCUUGAUGCACAAUUGUGCAAACUUGGAUCGCUUGACCCUAAAAAGGCAAAAGGGAAGAUAUUAGUGUGUCUUAGAGGACAGAACGGGAGAGUGGAAAAGGGUCGAGCCGUGGCUUUAGCUGGCGGUGUAGGGAUGGUUCUAGAGAACACUAAUGUCACCGGGAAUGAUCUAACCGCUGAUCCACAUGUCCUCCCAGCUACACAGCUAAGUUUCAAGAACAGUCUUGCCUUGUCAAGAUAUAUCAACCAAACCAAGAAACCAAUUGCGCACAUUACACCUUCGUGGACCGUAUUGGGAACUAAACCAGCGCCUGUAAUGGCUGCUUUCUCGUCUAAGGGUCCGAGCAAGGUGGCUCCUAUGAUUCUGAAGCCUGACAUUACUGCUCCUGGUGUGAGUGUGAUCGCUGCUUACACUGGAGCAGUAUCUCCAACAAACGAACAGUUUGAUGCUCGUCGUCUUCUGUUCAAUGCUGUUUCGGGAACUUCCAUGUCUUGUCCUCAUGUCUCUGGCAUUGCUGGUCUUCUCAAGACUCGUUAUCCUUCUUGGAGCCCCGCAGCUAUCCGCUCUGCCAUCAUGACUACCGCAACAACAAUGGAUGACAUUCCCGGACCUAUACAAAAUGCAACAAAUAUGAAGGCGACGCCUUUUAGUUAUGGGGCAGGACAUGUGCGACCAAACCGAGCUGUGAAUCCAGGUCUGGUAUAUGAUUCAGGAAUCAAGGAUUACCUCAACUUCUUAUGCUCCCUUGGAUACAAUGCAACACAAAUCUCUGUCUUUUCGGGCAAAAAAUUUGCAUGUUCAAGCCAUAAAACCAGUCUUUACAACCUUAACUAUCCUUCCAUCACAGUCCCAAAUUUUCCAUCAAGCAAAGUCACUGUUACAAGGACAGUUAAAAACGUUGGACGACCUUCGACUUACAUCGUCCGAGUGAAUAACCCGGAAGGUGUUUCUGUUGCGGUUAAGCCAACGAGCUUAAAGUUCACCAAAGUUGGAGAGCAAAAGACGUUUAAAGUGACCCUUGCGAAGCGUAAGGGGAAAGUGGCUAAAGGCUAUGUGUUUGGAGACAUGGUUUGGUCAGACAAGAAGCAUAUUGUAAGGAGUCCCAUUGUGGUGAAGCUCUAA